UUUUUUUGAGUUAAGGCUAUAUAUGGUGGAUCUGUUAUGCAACUGCACAGGUGGGAGGAACUGGAAGUCUUUUUCAGUUUAAGCAAUAGUGUGGCUGAGCAAAACAAAUCCUACACACUGCUCUACACCCUUCCUGAAAACAUCAUUCGCUCUGAGCUCGGAAUUCCAGAGCCUAGGGCAGAACAAAGAGAUUCGGUCAAACCUAGGAAGAGAAAACUGCUCAAAGCUGUAAAAAUGCCACCACCUCGUGUGAACAGAAUAGCCAGGGAUGAACAGCCCAAAGACAGAACGGGCACUCUUGACGUCCCUUUGAAAUUCUUGGAUCAGGACUACCAGGAGUUGAAGAAGAGCUGCCUCACCAAUAAAAGGAGAUUUGUUGAUGAGAAGUUCCCUUCAGACAGCAGCUCCAUUGACCCAAAGAAGAAACUUGGAUUGGAUAUGGAACAAAUCAAAUGGUUGAGGCCAUCGAAAAUAGUGGCAGACCCUCAACUCAUUGUUAAGGGUGUUUCCAGGUUUGACUAUUCCCAAGGAUCUUAUUUAGGAAACUGCUGGUUUCUUGCUUCAGUUGGAGCUUUAACCUUUAGGGAUGAUGUCAUGGACCAGGUCAUGCCAGAUGACCAGUCGUUUGUUGAAGAUUAUGCAGGGAUAUUUCGCUUUAGA